UAGUGGAUCCUGAGCGCUGCGACCCACCAAAAUUGAGUUGCAGAUAUGAUAUAAGCGCGUAAACCGCGAUUUAGUCGCGGGCAUGUUGAGAUUAGACAGAGCAGCGGUCGUCCUAGAUUCUUGUUUGGCUAAUGUGAAGUAAUUUCCAAGCGAAGUCGCUUCAAUUGCAAGAGAUCGAACAAUAAAACAGAAAAUUUUCCGAAGAAGCAAACUCCUUUCACUCAUCACGCUUCUGUCUCGCGCCAAGUUUCUUUCGACGCUCCCACAUCUGCGAUCAACACUUCUUGUGCUAUUUCUUUGACACAGAUGGAGAUCUUGGGAAGUUCUCAUCCUUUUCGUUCUCCGUAAAAGUUUCUUCUCCUACAUUCCAGUUCUUGUUGGUGAUUUCUGGUGAACUGAGGGGGAGAGGUAUCGACCACCAUGGCCAGGAUGAACCAGCAGCAGUAUGGUUAUAACCUAGAAACUUCCCCAACUCAUGUACACCGAUCGAGGGAUCUGGACAGCAUGUCCAGGUGGACUGAGUACCUCAGCUCGGAAGCGGCUUCACCUCCUUCAGUAACCUCGAGUUCAAAGCACGUCGUCUUCUCGAUGAUGCCUCCGAGUGUUGGCAGCUUUCACAAGGGCCGGAGCAUGGAAUGCGUCUUUCAGUUGACCCAAGUCGCGGAGGGAUUGUUGGCCAAGAUGCACAAGUUUGUCCAAAUUUUGGACCAUCCCGAUCCCACACAGUUCGUGUUCUCGGAUUCUUUCUGGAAAGCGGGGGUGCUCCCUGAUUUCCCGAAGUUCUGCGUGCACCUAGCGAAGAAGUUUCCGGAACAUCCCAGCAGCCUUCAGCUUGAGAAGGUAGACAAGGUUGCAUUGGAGACUUUGCAAGAGACAUCUGGAAGUUACUUGCAAAAUUUAGAACCUUGGAUUGAACUUCUCGUAGAUCUUAUGGCCUUCCGGGAACAAGCUUUGCGGAUUAUCUUAGAUUUGAGCAGUACAGUAAUCACAUUAUUGCCACAUCAAAAUUCCUUAAUUUUACACGCAUUUAUGGAUCUUUUUUGUGCCUUUGUUCGUGCCAAUCUUUCCUCUUCAAAGAUUCCAUGGAAAAUGAUUCUGCAAGUGUACAAUCUUUUGCAUCUGUUAACAAAAGGGGGGCGUGAUUGCGAAUUUUAUCACCGGUUAGUGCAGUUUGUUGACUCGUAUGACCCCCCACUUAAAGGACUACAAGAAGACCUCAAUUUUGUUAGCCCACGUGUUGGAGAGGUUCUGGAAGCUGUUGGACCUAUUAUCUUUUUGUCUACAGACACCAAAAAGUUGAGAAAUGAAGGGUUUUUAAGCCCAUUUCAUCCUCGGUAUCCAGAUAUACUUACAAAUUCUGCUCAUCCUAUGAGAGCUCAAGAUUUAGCAAAUGUUAUGGCCUAUCAGGAGUGGGUUUUGCUUGGUUAUCUUGUCUGUCCUUCUGAACUACUUCGAGUUACUGGCAUUGACAUUUCAAUGGUCGCACUCAAAGAAAACUUCAUCUUGCCUUUGUUUAGGGAUGAGUAUAUACUAUUGCAUGAAGAAUACCAGUUGUAUGUUCUUCCAAGAGUAUCUGAAUCCAAGAGGAUGGCCAAAUCUGGGCGCACAAAACAGAAAGAAGCAGAUCUAGAAUACACUGUUGCCAAGCAGGUUGAGAAAAUGAUUUGUGAUGUGCAUGAACAAGCAUUGAUGACCUGUGAUGCUAUCCAUCAUGAGAGGCGAGUUAUGCUAAAACAGGAAAUUGGUCGGAUGGUUUUAUUUUUCACAGACCAGCCUAGUCUUCUGGCUCCAAAUAUUCAGAUGGUCUUUUCUGCAUUGGCUUUGUCAAGAUAUGAAAUUUUGUGGUAUUUCCAACACAUUGGAGUUUCAUCCUUGAAGUCCAAAGGCACAAGGAUUACACCAAUCGAGAUAGAUGCAACUGAUUCUACCAUUGGAUUUUUACUAGAUGGAAUGGACAGACUAUGUUGUCUGGUACGGAAGUAUGCCACAGCAAUAAGGGCGUAUGCAUUGUCUUACUUAUCAUCAUCAGCAGAGAGAAUACGUUUUCUGUUGGGUACUCCAGGCAUGGUAGCGCUUGACCUAGAUGCAACUCUAAGAGGGCUUUUUCAGCAAGUCAUUCAGAGUCUUGAAAGCUUACCGAAGACACCGGGUGAUAAUGCUCAGUCAGUAUCAUCCUCCCUGUCGGAGUUGAGAAAAAGCUGGCUUUCUGUACUGAUGAUAAUCACUUCUUCGAGAUCAUCAAUAAAUAUCAGACACUUGGAGAAGGCUACAAUGUCCACUGGGAAGGAAGGAUUAGUUUCUGAAGGAAAUGCUGCCUACAUGUGGUCCAGGUGUAUUGAUGAGCUCGAGUCCCAGCUAAGUGAGCAUGGAAGCCUUCACAAGCUAUACUUUUACCAUCACCAUCUUACGACUGUUUUCCGAAACACUAUGUUUGGGCCAGAAGGACGUCCACAUCAUUGUUGUGCUUGGCUUGGAGUUGCUAGUAGUUUCCCGGAGUGUGCUUCACUAACCCUGUCUGAUGAGAUCACUAGAAUUGGAAGAGAUGCUGUGCUAUAUGUUGAAUCCUUGAUUGAGUCUAUUAUGGGUGGUUUGGAAGGUCUAAUUAACAUUCUUGAUUCUGAUGGUGGAUUUGGUUCCCUUGAACACCAGCUUUUUCCAGAACAAGCUGCUAUCCGCAUGAAUUAUGCAUCAAAACUCUCAAAUUAUGCAGCAAAAUCUCCAAAAGGAAUAACCAUAUUGCCAUUGCCUGGUCGUGAGAGCUUUCCUGAGAAUAAUAAUUCUGUAAAAAUGCUAGAAGCUGCAACACAGAGAUUGACAAAUUUAUGUUCAGUUCUCAAUGAAAUGGAACCAAUAUGCGUCCUGAAUCAUGUCUUUGUUCUCCGGGAGUACAUGAGAGACACUAUUCUCAGCAACUUCAGGAGAAGAAUGCUUGCAAUACUGAAGACUGACAAUGAUCUUCAAAGGCCUUCUGUGCUUGAGACCUUGAUACAUCGUCAUUUGAGGAUUAUCAAUUUAGUGGAGCAGCAUGUCAGCAUGGACCUUACCCAAGGAAUUCGUGAGAUCUUUCUGAGUGAGGCAUUCUGCGGCCCCUUGCAUUAUUUGAAACCUUCUGUUAAGCUUGCAGAGUAUGCUACUGGCUCUGCAGUUCAGAUUGUUUGUGACUGGUACAUUGACAACAUUAUCAAAGAUGUAAACAAUGUGGGCAUCCUGUUUACUCCAAGUCACAAAUGCUUCAAAAGUGCAAGGCCUGUUGGUGGAUAUUUUGCAGAUUCAAUUGCUGACCUUGCAGAGUUAAAGGCUUUUGUUAGACUUUUUGGAGGUUACGGAGUUGACAAGCUUGAUCGAUUGAUGAGAGAACAUACUGCUGCUCUUCUUAACUGUAUUGACAUUGCUUUACAAUCAAAUCGUGAAGCGCUUGAAGCAAUCUCAGCUAGCUUCCAUUCUUGUGAUCCAGUUGAAAAAGAAUGCAGCGUGAAGCAGAUUGUUGACAUGGAAACAGUGAUUGGUUUCUGCAUACAAGCUGGGCAAGCACUGGCUUUCAGUUCGCUUUUGGCUGAAGCUGCUGGAGAAGUUUUGGAUGAGAAUGUUCCGUUGCUCUUUUCUCUUAUGUCAGGGUUGACAAGGCACUUGCCUGUGGAGAUACCUGAAAAGGCUGAAAUAGGUAGACUGCGAGCUGCUGCAAGUAGCAUUAAUGUGAGUUUUGAUCAUGAUACAGAUUGGGUGCGAUCAAUUCUUGUGGCAAGUGGAUGUGCUAAUGUGGGAGCACUGAGUCUCUUGCCAUAUCUAUUUGCAUCGUUUAUGACUUCCAGCAUUUGGAGCAUAACCAAUUUUAGUAUUGAUACUGGAGGAUUUAGCAACAAUAUUCACUGCCUUGCCAGGUGCAUCAAUGCGGUAAUUGCAGCCAGUGAGUUUGUUAGGUUGGAAAGAAAAGAGCUUCAAAAGCAAUCUCUUUCAAAUGGUCAUGCUAGUGAAACUUCAGAUCCUGAAAUCCAGAAUCUUUUAUCUGUUGAAGCAAGCAUAAAAUCGGUCAUGCAACUCUAUGUGAAAUGUGCAUCUUCGAUGAUAAUGGAUUCGUGGAAUGAGACUAGCAGGUCCCAUCUGGUUCCCAAAUUGAUCUUUCUGGACCAGCUCUGCAAGAUAUCCCCAUACCUACCGAGAAGCACAAUCGAAGUGCAUAUUCCUUACACAAUCCUCCGUUCAAUUUAUCGACAGUACUAUGGAAACUCACAGGUCUCACAAUUGGCUUUGCUGAGCCCAUCCCCACGCCAAUCCCCAGCAGUACUUCUCAGCCACGCAUCAUCACCUGCAGCCAAACUCAACAACGUGGAUGCAAACCCAGAAGCUUUCCUAGGCAUUUCACCUGCUCUAAGAACAUCUGGUCCAAUACAUCAGCAACUUAUUGAGCCUGAGAAUAUGGACACGAGGCAAAAUGACAAUAAACAGCGAAAUAUGCGUCGAUCUGGUCCCCUGGAGUAUAGUUCAAGCAGGAAGGGGAAACAUCCUGGAGGACCUGCUUCUGGCAGCAGAGGCGUCAGUCCACUGCCAAGAAUGGUUUCCAGAUCUGGUCCAUUGUCGUACAAGUAGAUGAUACUAUUUGAUUGUUUUUGUAGAAGCUGUAGUAUGCCUGUGUCUCUUGGUUUUGUGCCAUAUGCAUUGCCUUCCAUGUAAUCUGUAAAUAUCAAAGUCGGCUCCAGUUCCAUCUUAAAUUUAAUGGGCCUCUUUUCUCUUCUUCGUUUUUGUAUUCUUGAUGAAGCCCAACAUGAAAUGAGAAGGUUAGCGUGCAGUCUCUUGCUAUUAUCAACUUUCGUUCUGCUGUGUUCAUUGUUAUGAAUUAUGAUGAUGUUAUAUUCGAUUAAAAUUUUAUCUGAA